AUGGAUACCUUAACUCCUCAGCAAGUCAGUGACUUUAAUAGAGCGGUAAUGUGUCACAUAUGUCAUCAGAAAAUACCAGCAAAUGUAAAGAAAGUCCGUGAUCAUUGUCACCUUACUGGUAAAUAUAGGGGUGCUGCCCAUGAGUCAUGUAAUUUAAAUUAUCAAUAUUGUCAGACUAUUCCCGUAGUAUUUCACAAUUUAAGUGGCUAUGAUGCACAUUUCAUUAUACAUGCAAUUUCAACAAGUUUUGAAGGUCAUAUAAGUCUUCUUCCCAUCAAUAAGGAGAAAUAUAUCUCCUUUAUCAAACAUGUUAAAGGUAGUGAGGUUAAAUUUAGAUUUAUUGACUCAUUCCGAUUUAUGGCAGCAUCCCUUGAAAAACUCGCAUCCUAUUUAGAUGAAUAUAAAAUUGUACAUUCUGUUUUUGCCAAUACUGUGAGUAAUCCUGAUAAAAUUAAAUUAUUAACUAGAAAGGGUGUAUUCCCCUACGAGUAUUUUGAUUCAAAAACCAAGCUUGAUGAGACGCAACUACCUCCGAUAGAGAAAUUUUAUAGUACGCUUUACGAUGCGGGCAUUUCUGAUGAUGAAUAUAAGCAUGCACAGAACGUAUGGAUUGAGUUUGAUUGUAAAAAUCUCUAUGACUAUGUCCAUUUAUAUAUGAAAACUGAUGUACUAUUACUAGCAGAUGUUUUUGAAAAUUUUCGAGAACAAUGUGUUAAAGCGUAUGGGUUAGAUCCUGCACACUAUUAUACAACCCCCGGUUUAACUUGGGAUGCCAUGCUCAAGUAUACGAGUAUAGCAUUGCAACUUAUAACCGAUAUUGAUAUGGUUAUGUUUGUUGAGUCAGGUAUCAGAGGUGGCAUUAGUCAAUGUUGUAACCGUUAUGCCAAAGCGAAUAAUCCUUAUAUGGAUAAAUUCGACGAAAAUAAAGAUACCAGCUAUAUAAUGUACUUUGAUGCCAAUAAUUUGUAUGGCUGGGCAAUGGCACAAGCGCUUCCAUAUGGCGGUUUCAAAUGGGUUGAUCAUGUCAACGAUAGUUUUGAUUUUAAUGUACCUGACGAUUCUCCUGUUGGGUACAUAUUGGAAGUGGAUUUAGAGUAUCCUGAAAGUAUUCAUGAUACUCAUAAAGACAUGCCAUUUUGCGCAGAAAAAGCAAAGCCGCCUAUGUCGAAACAAGAGAUAUUGUUAACUACUUUGCUGCCGAAAAAAAAAUAUGUCAUACACUAUAGAACGCUAAAACAAGUUUUAUCAAAUGGUAUUAAACUUGUAAAAAUACAUCGUGUUUUACAGUUUAAGCAAUCAACUUGGCUUAAACCAUACAUUGAUUAUAACACGAUGAUGCGAACUAAUGCUAAAAACGAGUUUGAAAAGAAUUUGUUCAAACUCAUGAACAAUGCAGUGUAUGGCAAAACAAUGGAAAAUGUUCGUAAACAUGUUGAUGUAAAGCUUGUUACACAGUGGUUUGGCCGUUACCAUAUCAUAUCCCGACCAAAUUUCCGUAGUCGGGAAAUAUUUGAUGAAAAUCUGGUUGCCAUUGAAUUAACUAAAACCGAGGUACUGCUCAACAAACCGAUAUAUGUAGGGUUAAGUGUGCUUGAUAUAUCCAAAACGUUAAUUUAUGAUUUUCACUAUAGUUAUAUGUUGAAUAAAUAUGGUAACGCUUGUAAACUGUUGUAUACUGAUACAGACAGUUUAGUCUAUGAAGUUAAAUGUCAAGAUAUUUAUAAAGAUAUGAAAGAAGAUAUUGAUAAGUUUGAUACAUCAGAUUAUCCCGCGAAUAAUGUGUAUGGGAUACCGCAAGUCAACAAAAAAAUACUCGGCCUUAUGAAAGAUGAAUGUAAUGGUAAAAUAGUUACUGAAUUUGUUGGCUUGCGGAGUAAGAUGUACAGCAUUCGUGUUGAAGAUAAAGAUUAUAUUAAAAAAGCAAAAGGUAUUAAAGCCGGCGUUGUAAAAAAAUCAAUUCAUUUUGAUGAUUAUGUAAAAUGUCUGCGAGAUUUUGACAUUCAAACUCGAACGCAGUAUAAUAUAAGAUCACGGCUUCACAAUCUUGAAACUGUGAAGCAGGUAAAAGUAGCUUUAGGUCCACUAGAUGAUAAACGGUAUUUGUUACCAGAGAGUACUGAUACUCUACCGUGGGGUCAUUAUGCGAUCCCAAAUUCUGAUGAAGUGUAA